UGCUUCACUUUCUUGCUUCAUCCACUGUCCGAAUCAUCCCUCAACUGCUUCGCAGUUCUUGGACCAUUAUUACCGCCAACUGCGCAGCUACCAAUAUGGUUACUGAAAGUCUACUUUCUAAAACUAAGAAGCGUGCCAAUUUUCGAUUGUGCAAUGUAUCGAGUUACACCACUGAAUUAUUGGAGAUUCGGGCCGAGGAUCCAAGUUUUCAUGUUCUAUUUAUACCUGGAAACCCAGGUAUUAUCACAUUUUAUGUGGACUUCAUUGAAUUUCUAUAUGAACAGCUUGGAGGAAAUGCAUCUAUCACAGCUAUCGGCCACAUCUCUCACACAAUGAAGGAUUGGGAACGUGGACGGUUAUUCUCAUUAGAAGAACAGAUUAAUCACAAGGUUGCUUUCAUCAGAGAGGAAUUGCAAAAUGCUGGCAUUCCUAUUCUACUGGUUGGACACUCUGUUGGUUCAUACAUUUCCAUCGAGGUUUUUAAGAGGUCUCCAGAAAAGGUCAAAUAUUGCAUUGUGCUUUAUCCAUUUUUGACAUUAAACCAUCAGUCAAGAAAGCAAACUAAUAUUUUUAAGUGCGCAAGAUCCCCAUUCAUAUCUACUGCUUUUAGUUACACGAUAGCAUUAUUAGGAUUGCUGCCUACAUGGGCCUUUGAGUUUUUAGUCAGAAAAUCUCUUGGGGCAUCCUGGUCCGCCAACGCAGUCGAGGCUGCAUGCUCUCACUUGUCAAAGUAUCAUACUAUGCGGAAUAUCCUCUUUAUGGCGGAGACUGAAAUUGAAAAGCUUUCAGAGACACCCGACUGGGCCUUCAUAAGAGAAAGAAAGACUCAACUUGCAUUUUUAUAUGGUGUUGAUGAUCACUGGGGUCCACUUGAAGUUCAUGAAGAGCUUUCCAGACAGGUUCCAGAUGUUACCUUAACAAUCGAAAGAGAAAAUCACACCCAUAGUUUCUGUUGCACAGAGGAGGGCUCAUUAUGGGUGGCUCAGCACGUGGCUAGCUUACUCAAGGAUCAGAUGACAUGCAAAAGCACAUAAGGUCCGACUUUCUUUUCUGCUUCCUUCUUCUACUACCCGAGUUUUCUCAAUUAUUUAGCAUAUUGGGCUUGCCUAUUACGUAGAUUCUAUUAUAUUAUUUCUUUAUUUACUUUUGACGUUCCUCCAUUACAUAUGAGAAUUUGAAAUUAAAUCUUAUUAGAGAGGAUGCCAGAAGUGACAGGUGACAUGGUCAACAUUGGGAAGGGGGAAUGCGUGAGGAUCAGAAAAUCACGUGUGUUUGCAUGAAAACUUUAGCUUUCAUCUAAUUGGGCCUGUUGUCCCGUGACUAUUUUCUUAAAUUGUUUUCAAGGGAUGUAUCUCUUGCGAACAUCAGCAUGCACAUUGCCAAAGUGUAGUGUAUGGCUAUUACCUGCUGUACAUUACUGUAUAUCCUUCAUGUUAUUAAUACUAUUGAUUCCAUUGCUUCGGUUGCAUGGCUGUAACAGUGAUGUUCGAUGACUA